AUGAAAGCGUAAGUUACCUUAUUUUAUUUGUUCCCACGAGGUUUGGUACGAUACUAUCCGAAAAUUGUACUUUGGAUUUCAGUCCUCUAAGUAAAGGGAGAAAACAAGGCGGCAGCCAGGAGGAGUUAUGCUUCAGUGGACGUUCACAAGGUCGCGGACCUAGGAAAAAGCCGGGCCUGCUCAGUGGCCGCGAAGAUAAAAAGCUGACUACAGCCAAAUCUGAUAGAGAUGUCUACUACGGAGGGGCGGCCGAAGUACAAGAAAUCGCAUCCAAACUCACAUUGCACAACUGGUACCACGGCAUGAUGCCACGAGAAGAAAUUGAAGAACUGCUCAAGAACGAAGGCGACUUCUUGCUUCGAAGAACAGACGUCAACAAGAAGCCGCGCAUUGCCAUGAGUGUAUUCGCAGGGAAACGAAUCCGCCACAUUCUAGUUAUGUACGGCGACCACAAGUGGUGCAUCCGCGACAAGAGGAUGGAGUCCCUCAAUGAACUAAUCGAAUUCCACAUAAAGACCAAGACACCCGUACAACAUGAUGGCACGAUCAUCAGCACGCCCAUUCCCCGCCCAGACUUCUACAUUCUCCACGAUCACAUCACGAUAGGUGCACGGCUAGGCGGCGGGGCCUUUGGUGACGUUCACAAGGGUACGUUGAGGAUGAAAGAUGAAACCUCACUCGAGGUCGCCAUCAAGAAGUUCAAAGGCACGAUGCGGAAGAAGCACCGAGGCGAAUUCGUUAAAGAAGCCAGAAUCAUGAGACAGUUUAAUCACAAAAACGUCGUCAAAAUCUACGGAGUAGCACCACAAGUAAGCUUUUACUUGAAACAAAAGCUUGAGUUGGUAAAACUUGGAGUAGCCAAUGUAAAAAAUGCUCCAUAAUUUAGUUUCUGUGGAAAACUUUUGGCAACCUGCGUCCGGGCCAAAAAAACAAUUUUAUACGACAACAAUUUCGUGAAUUAUUUAGUUUUAAAAGUAAUUUUGUAAACAUAAACUUGUCGCAAUUGCAACAAAAUUUGGUUCAUAAUUGAAAUGUUAUAUAAACGAUAAGUUUAGGAAGAGCCAAUGUUAAUUGUUCUCGAGUUCUGUCCCGGCGGAGCACUGAAUGGCCACUUGAAGAAGAAUCCGGACAUCUCGGUGGACCGACUCUGUAAUUACUCGAAGGAUGCGUGCCGAGGAAUGUGUUAUUUGUCACAGCGUAAGGUAAUAACUGGUUUGCUCGAGAUUUAACCGGCAUUGGUCAACAAGGUCAAUAAGUCUAUAUCCACGGGAAUAUUUGCAGAUUAUCCACCGUGACAUUGCCGCCCGCAACUGUUUGCUGGGAAAAGAAGACGAAGUCAAGAUCAGCGACUUUGGACUGUCGGUAGCCACAACUGAACUAAAGUUGGACAAGCUGAACAAGAUGCCGGUCAAGUGGCUAGCUCCAGAGACCUUAAAAAGUGGGGUAUUCUCCACUAAAUCUGAUGUCUGGUCGUUCGGAGUUAUGAUGUGGGAGAUCUUCUCGAGGUGCUCUGCUGAUCCCUUUCCUAAUGAAACGAACCAACAGGCUAAAGCCAAGAUUCUGAGCGGCAAAUCGCCUAUGGAUGCACCACCCAAUACCCCUCCCAAUAUGACAGCCAUUAUGCAGUUGUGUUUUACACAGGCAAGUUUUAAUUUUUUUGAUUCUGAUUAAAUUUGUUAAGAACGGGUUCUGAAAAUUCAAGCAGUUUACGACAAACUUUUAUAUUGUUGUAGGUGGUUGAUAAAAGGCCCAACUUUGAAGCGUUGUUCAAGAUUAUGUGUCCGAAGGAGAUGCCACCCGAGCCCGAGAACAAUGAUGAGUUCAUGAAGGAGAUUGAGAAGUUCAAGCUUGAAGCAGCCGAACAGAGCAAGAACAGCAACGUGGAAGGGACGUCCAAGAACUCGACCAACCGCAUGCCUACUUCAACAUCUUGA